AGGAUUUCUCGGCUGCACAGGAACAUGGCGGCCUCCACGGGAGCAACACUUCUACAGCGGAGAACGCGUGCAGCAGUCCGGAUAUUCUGCCGAUACCGCUACAAAAAGAAAUGGGCCACUAGUUUUGUGGGCCCCUCGCCCCCGCGCCUCGCUCUGCAGUAUUUCGAUAUGACGUACAGUGCGCAGUUUGGUGACCUGUGGCCCUCGGUGCGGAUCGGCCUCCUGUCGGAGCAGAAAUAUGGCGCCCUCAUCAAUAACUUCUCCAGCGAGGAGCGUGUGACCCGCGACCUGCGCUCUAUGGGCACCAGCGACUUCCUGCACGAGACGCCGCACACCUCAGACCUCUCAUGUUACACCUUCCCCCGCGGGGACAUCACCCGCUUCCCACCAGCCAGAUCCGGCGCCCGGGGCCUCCUGGAGUAUUACCUGCUGGAUGCCGCCUCGCUCCUCCCUGUGCUCGCCCUCAGCGUCCGACCGGAACACCGCGUCCUGGACCUGUGCGCCGCCCCAGGGGGCAAGACCCUGGCGCUGCUGAUGGAGAGCUGCAGAUACCUGGCAGCCAAUGACGCCUCGCUCUCCCGCUGCAGACGCCUGCGCCGUGUCCUGCUGUCCUACAUUCCUCAGGAGCUGCGCUCAGAGGAGCGGCUGCGAGUCACAUCGGAGGACGGCACAGAGUGGCCGGAGGACGGCGUGUACGACAGGGUUCUGGUGGACGCUCCCUGCACUGCAGACCGUCACUCCCUCCUGGAGGAGGAGAACAACAUCUUCAAUCGCAUGAGGAUGAAGGAACGCCAGGUGUUACCCCUGCUGCAGACCCAGCUCCUGCUUUCUGGGCUACGGGCGGUGGUGCCAGGAGGCGACGUGGUCUACUCCACCUGCACCUUGUCGACUCUGCAGAACGAGUGUGUAGUGGAGAGAGCGCUGGGACUGGCUGCGUCUGAGUACGGCGUCCAUACUGAGGUCCAGGAGCUGUGCAGCUUCCGGGAGAUUUUCAAGAAAACAUUUGACUUUCAGACGGACUGUCGCCUAGGAGAACUGGUGCUGCCGAACCUCACUGCCAACUACGGCCCCCUGUAUCUGUGCAAGCUGCGGCGACUGCGCUGACAACCCCAUAUUAUGUAUCUCACCCAUUAUAAUAGAGAUCAUGUGACCACA